UCAUGACCAUCCCAUCACCAACUCACAUACAGCAUCCAUCAAUACCAAGACAACGCAUGGUCAUCAGCUUCGGAAAUACAUCAAUCCAUAACUGCAACUCUUCAGAUCCCAAUCCUACCUCGUCCUGCAUCCCAGAGAAAGAAGGAAUUCUAGAUAACUCACAUUUUGGACCGCUCAGCUUAGGAAUAGACUAUCAUCAGUUGUCAUGGGUGCUCAAGAAUCACACCUGGGUUCAGUCUCCGGUCUGGAUCCAACAGCUCUCAAAGCCUACCACGUCCUCCGAGUCGCCGAAGGCUCUCCUGCCGCAGAGGCGGGUAUCGAGCCGUUUUUCGAUUACAUCGUCGGGAUUGGCGGUCAACAAGUGACAGAGGAUGGCGAGAAAUUGGCGAAUUGGCUCGACGAAGCCGAAGGAAAAUCGAUCACUUUGCAAGUCUAUAGCUCACGGAAACAAGAGGUUCGAAACGUUCAAACAUCGCCCAAUCGAAAAUGGUCAUCAAAUAAUCACUUGUCGUCCAAUGAUCAACAACCGCAACCUUCCCUCUUAGGACUCUCGUUAAGGCUUUGUAGUCCUCAAAACGCUUUGGCCAACGUAUGGCACGUGUUAGAUAUUGUUGAAGGCUCUCCUGCUCAGGAUGCUGGUCUGGUACCCUUUGGAGACUGGAUAAUCGGAUAUGCAGGUGGAAUCUUGAGAGGCGAAAAUGAGCUCUAUGAAGUUGUAGAAGAACACGAAGGAAGACCUUUACGAUUAUUUGUCUACAAUGCUGAUUAUGAAGUAACCAGGGAAGUAGUCAUUGUGCCCAACCGUUCUUGGGGAUCAGGUGAAGGAUUGUUGGGUUGCUCGAUUGGAUUUGGAUUGUUACACCGGAUCCCGAAGACUUCGACUGAUACGACUGCUCCCUCGUUUCUAUUACCAUCUGGAGGAGUGAACUCAUCCGGGAAACUGGAAAUCGAUGACGAUGAAGAUCAGAAAUUAUUGAAACAAAUGGAAUUCAAUCAGAUCAAAGAGAAUGCAACGGUCUCGAAAGAUACCCCUUCAAACUAUCAUCAUCUCAAGUCACACUCGCUUGAAUCGGUCAUCAAAGAAGAACAAGAAAGUUGAAAAUUGAAAAUUGAACAAAAAAAGCACAUCCCUCUUUCUUUGAAUUCGCAUCAUCAGUCUUCAUAAAAGUGCUAUUCAUAAAAAAAACAGACAAGAAAAAAACACUCAAGUUUCUAUCUAAUAUUGGUGUUGUUGACUAUUUCUAUUAUAUGCCAUAGACAUUCCAGUUGCCACGCCAUUGUUAAUCAAACAAAACAAUCCCUAAUACACAUUUCAAUAUCUCUUUCUUUCCCCUUGGAUUUUUAUGUGCAGAUAUGUUGUGUAUAAUUUUUUUUUGUUUCUUUCUGUCAAAGAGAUUAGUAGAGACCAUGUGUAUGUAUAUAUGCAUGUAUAUAUACAUGUAGUUUGUAUUUGUGUUUAGGGAACAAUUCUCACUUUCUUUUACAAUCUGUCUUUGCAGAAUGAAAUAUCCAUGGAAUCUAUUCUUUUUUCCUUUCCAGCUGCUGGUUGGGCUUAUCCUGAUCAAGCUGAUGCUAUGGAUAUGUACCUGUGUAUGAUGUGGUAGUUUAUUUAAGCAAAUUCAAU